CGAGCCCUCACUUGGAGUUUAGAGUAGAGAACUGUCGGAGAACUGCGGGUGAAGCCAUGCAGGGGAGUGUUUAGGAUCGUCUACGCAGGAGCGCUGACAAAAUUGUUGAAAUAUCCACGGAUUUUCUUAUCCCCGCAUAAAACAGCAAUACUAGAGUGGGGUUAUGGUUGUCAAAAGAUUGAAGAAGCACGAGAGAAGAUACCGGACCUAAUGCAGGUUAAAACAGUUGGCUCAUGACCCCUUCAGUCACCAGCAACUCACAUGUCCUCCUGAAUUAUCUGUAUCUGGUUGCAUAACUGGGAUAACAGACCAGACGUCCUACAUGCAUAUUAACCAGGACUUACUGCAACCCUUGGCCAUCUUUUCCAGAAAGGGAUAUUAUACUGUACUGUCACUGCGGGACAUUUUUGUUUUUAGCCUCACACGACUGAUCAACACUCUUUCUCACGGCUCUCACUUGUGCCUCUGUAGCCGACAUAAGGCUUCAGCAGUGAUAGAGUGUUGGACCCCUUACUGUUUACUGGAAGCAGCUGGGAGUCCAUGGCUGGAAUUUGACUCAUUACACUAUUGAGUCUCUUUGUGAGACUUGAGUGAUAACCAGAGGAGAGGAGCGCUGUAGAAGAGUCCAUUUUCCUGCUUUUAUGGGUCCCAUGGAGGGGUUUCCUGUACACUGACCCUCCGCGCUGCCUCACCCGGACAGUUGUCAUGUCAGCUUGCAACACCUUCACCGAGCAUGUGUGGAAACCAGGAGAGUGUAAGAACUGCUUCAAGCCCAAGAGCCAGCACCACUUGGCAGAGGGUGGCCUGAAGAAGACUGGCCUUGAGGUACCCUCCCAGGAACAGAACCACCCCCCUACAGGAACUAGAUCCAACACCAACAGCUCCCAGAGAGGAGGAGGGGCCGGCAGCAGUGCGUCAGCCCGAUCCAGCCACUUUCGGCCUCCUGUAGCUAAGAAGCCCACAAUUGCUGUCAAGCCCACCAUGAUGCUGUCCUGUUCAUCGGCCGGCCUGGACAUGGAGGGCAACCUCCAACGGCCGCCCGAUGCUGGUGAACCUGGCAAAACCUCUGACUUCGCAGUCUGGACCCGAAAUGGGAUGAACCGCAAGAGGCCUGGCGGGCCUAACAACAAUGAAGGUGAGGAUGCUGGGGAUGAGAUAGAGGGUUACGGGCAGGGCAGUCGCCGUACCCCCACCGGUAAUGACAAUGGUUUAACGGACGUUCUCAAGGAAAUUGCUGGCCUAGGCUCUUGCCUUAACCCCAGCCCCUUAUCAGGCUCGAAGGACCUCUUUUUGGGACGAAUCAGCAGCUCUUUCCAGCGCUCUUUAGAAAGAGGCCUCCCCGCUUCUGGUUGCUUGGCAAUGGGGAGCAGCAGUGGAGGCGCCACCCAAAAACGUGUGUCUGUCAGCAACAGUAUGGAGGUAAUCAGCACCGAAGGGGGACGCUUCUGCUACCCUGAGUUCUCCAGCGAAGGAGAGGACGAUGACGAGGACGAAGAGCAUGAAGAGGAUGAAAGUGAUGGAAACGACGACAGUGAACACGAGAGCUGGGAUGAGAGUGACGAGGAGCUUCUGGCCAUGGAGAUCCGUAUGCGGGGUCAGCCUCGCUUCGCCAACUUCCGAGCUGCCACGCUGUCCCCGGUUCCCUUUGCCCAGGGGAAGAAGUGGAACACUGUACCUUUACGCAACCGUUCACUCCAGAGAAUCUGCGCUGUGGACUAUGAUGAUAGUUACGAUGAAAUCCUCAAUGGAUACCCUUCCAUAGACUCCAACGGAGGUCACGGGCACCUUCCUUAUGGCCCUGCUGACCUCCAGGGCAGUGGUUUCCUCUCUAACUCGGAGUGCACCACUUCACCCGAGUCCUCAUCAUCUCUGCCGGAGGACUCGCGCACCACUUCCAGCUGUAGCAGCAGUGCUCACUGUGGCCCACUGAAAAACGGCCUUCACUCUCCCUCCGCUUUCAGGCCCCCUGUCCUCCAGGCUGCUUCUAAAGUCAAGGAACAGCAGACCCAAAAGGAUUUGAAUCCACCCAAGGCCAUCGAGACCCACAAAGCUGUUCUCGCCAUUAGAUUAGAGGAUCAGGAUGGCCGGGAGUGCUUACCUAUGCCCCAAGCUCUUCCUGGGCAACCAGUGACAAUCAGCUUCAGCCCCACGGAGGAGCAAGCUAAACCAUACCGUGUGGUCAACUUGGAGAAACCGCUUAUCUGUAAGCCUUACACUGUGGUGGAUGUGUCUGCAUCCAUGGCUAGCCCAGAAGAACAUAAUCAAGAGCGCACUCCCAAACCCAAAACCCCCGUUAGCCCCUUGUCCUUCCCCAUCUCUCCCUUAGGCCAGCCUCUGUCUCCAGCCUCUCCCAUGUCCCCGUCAUCGUCCAUCUCCCACCUAUCCAUCACACCCUCUGCCGUUCAGGGAAAUGCCUGCAAGAAACUGGGUGCUAUUCGCUACCAGGAGGUGUGGACUUCUAGCACCAGUCCCCGUCAGAAGAUGGCCAAAGUGGAUCUGGGUUCAUCUACAGCCUCUGGCCCGCCCGUCCCACCCCGCUACUGCAGUCACAAGUCGGCCCCCACAUCCCCCAUUGCAGGGCUGUCCUCCUCUCGGACUGUACCUGUGAAAUCCCCAAACUUGUCCGAGAUAAAGUUCAAUAGCUACAACAAUGCAGGGAUGCCACCCUUCCCCAUCAUCAUUCGGGAUGAUACCACGUACUUCCGCAGUUCUAAGAACGCAGUCAAAGUGCCAAUCGUUAUCAACCCAAGCGCCUACGACAACCUGGCGGUAUAUAAGAGCUUCCUGGGUUUGAGCGGGGAGCUGUCCCAACCUAAAGAAGGGAGAGUGGCCAGCCACACUUAUGAAGAGAUUGGCUCCUCAGAGAGUGUACAGCCUUCUCCUACAGAGCAAACCAGUGUCUGUAAAGUGGCAUCAGAGAAAGCGGCGGUGGACGAAAAAAAAGCUGCUGCUGCAGCUCUGAUAAGCAAGGAGCUCACCACCAGAACCACUAUAGACUCAGUCACGGCGGUGAGCACAGCCAGUGGGGCUGUUUCACCUGCAACUGCUGUUCAAUCUCCUCUCACAGUUGCUGCCAUCUUGUCCAAAAGCAGCCCAGGUUCAGCCACUAGUGCACGUGUUCGCAAGAUUAGUGGGGAUACAACAUCUAGCAGAGAAGGGAGUGCUGACUACCCACCAUCAUCAUGCACUGGGACGGGCCACCGAGAAAAUGCCAGCACUGUGUUGUCCCAGAUCGUUGCCUCCAUCCAACCCCCACAGUCUUGUCCAGAGUCACCGUACCCAAGUUCUAAAGCCUACGGGAUCGACGAGCUUCACGCCCUUCCACUGGAUGCCACAAAGGAAAUGUUAAACAGGCCCAAGUCUCUCUUCUCUUCCACUGACGGCUGCCUGUCCAAACCCAGGAAGGACACACCCUCUAAACAACUACCCAAAUCCCAGAGUGCCUCUGCAGCCGUCCCCCUGUCUAGCCCAACCAAGUCAGAGCCCAACGCCCCUUUCCCCCCUCCCCGGUCCACCUCUUCCCCAUAUCAUGCCUCCAACAUUCUCCAAAGGCAUUUUGGUAACUGGACCAAGCCUUCCAUUGCCAGCUCCCCUACACGGCCCAGUGACGGAGAAACCAGCCCUGGGGGAGGAGAAGGGAGACGGGUAGCCGAGAGCGCCAAGCCUAAACGCUGGAUCUCCUUCAAGAGUUUCUUCCGCCGGCGGAAGGAUGAUGAUGAGCAGCGGGACAAGGCGGAGAAGGAGAAGGGCAAGCUGGUGGGGCUGGAUGGGACGGUCAUCCACAUGCUCCCACCUCCACCCAUUCAACGCCACCACUGGUUCUCUGAGGCCAAGAAUGAGGACCCCAAUCAGAAACCCACCAUUAUCUUUACUUACAAGCCGGACAGCAGUGCUUCGGGUGACGGGAAGGGAGAACUGCGGGUGGAGGAAUGCAAAGAGACAGUACUACUGUCCCCAGAGGUGAGCAGAGACGUCAGACCGCUGUCCCCAGGGAGAACCCCGUCCCCACAGAUGGGAACUGCCUUCCACUGUAAGACCAUCAGCCAGGUGCCGGGCGAUGCCAACAUAUCCGAGGGAGAGACACCCACUGUCACUUCCCUACCUGGCAAACUGGCACGACUGCCCCCCAGGGACGAGAUUGCUAGCCUGGCUGUCACACCGGCUUCAGUCAGCGAGGGCAGUGCCAGUCUGGAUGACCCAGAGGAAGAGGAUGGUCACUCCCAUUCGCCAACAUCCAGCUCCUGCAGUGCCACCUACAGCAACCUGGGUCAAUCUAGAGCCAACAUGAUCCCACUGAAGCACCCACGGAACAUGAAGUCUUCAGACGAUGCCCUGGCCGACCUGGAAGAAGAGGCCACCAAAGCCACGCCACCGCCUCUACCCAAGAAGUCCGUAGCCCGGGCUGUAUUUGAGACCUCCAGCCUGGGAAAAGAGUUGCCAAUAAGGCCCAAGCACGAGGCAAAACCCGGGGGCACCAACCUGAGUGUGGCCAACCCAGUGUAUGACCUGGACUCCACCUGGGAGACAGGCAGCCACAGCUCCUCAAUCAGCUCUGAGGCCCGUGUCCAUGACCAGGAGAGCGGGGACUCCCUGGAGAGGCCGGUAGCGGUUGUAAACAAAGGGCGAGGGGCCAACAGCCUGUCGUGCCUGAUGUCGGCUCCCAGUGCCACAACGGGAAGGGAGCGGCGGGGCUGCCGCAGCGCUGAGUCGCUGGCAGGCAGGGCCCGGACCACGGGCAGAGGGGGUGGGGGAAAUAGCAAGCAACAGAGGCAGGCCCUCUACAAGGGCAUGGACAGUUGGGAGGAGGUGGUGGGACGUAUCCGAGGCCUGCACACUGACACACUAAGGAAGCUUGCGGGGAAGUGUGAGGACCGCUUUAUGGCUGGGCAGAAGGACCACCUGCGCUUUGGAACCGACAGCUGGUCACACUUCAGGCUGACUACGGGGAAGCCGUGCUGCGAAGCCGGAGAUGCUGUUUACUACACUGCCUCCUACGCCAAGGAUCCACUGGUCAACUAUGCAAUUAAGAUCUGUCGGAGUAAAGUGAAGGAAACCCAGCAGCAGUUCUUCCACAGUCUGGCAGUCAGGCAGAGCCUGGCGCUCCACUUCAACAUCCAGCAGGACUGUGGACACUUUCUGGCAGACGUGCCCGCACGUUUGCUUCCUUGGGAGGAGGAAGAGGAGGAAAAGGAGGGAAAUGAGGAGAAAGAGGAUGAGGAUGGUCAGAAAGGUAAAGAGGAUAAAGAAAUAAGUACAAAGAAGGACAAGAAGGAGGUUGUCGAAACAACAAACGUCAUGCAGAACGGACAAGCCGAGGACUCCCGUUGCCCGGGCAACCCCGCGGGCGCAUCCGGCCACCUGAGUAGCAGAGUGGUAGUGAUCACCCGAGAGGUGCCCUUCCAGACCGUUGCCGACUUUGUCCGGGAUGGCGCAUCCCGGCAUGCACGCAACCCGGACCUGUACGAACGUCAAGUGUGCUUGCUGCUGUUACAGCUGUGCUCUGGCCUGGAGCAUAUGAAGCCCUACCACGUGACCCACUGUGACCUGCGCCUAGAGAACCUCCUCCUGGUGCACUGCCAACCGGGCAACCCCUGGAACCUGGACCUGCUGGAGCCCAACAACAAUAGCAGCAACAGUGCCUCCUCUGGAGCAGGUGCCGCCAAUGCGGCCGCCAACGCCACCUGCCCAGCCCGCCUCAUAAUCAGCAACUUCUCGCAGGCCAAGCAGAAGAACCCCCUGGUGGAGGACCCUGGCGCACUGCGCGACCAGUCGCGGCUGGCCCCUGAGAUAGUCACGGCGACGCAAUAUCGCAAGUGCGACGAGUUCCAGACGGGUAUCCUCAUUUACGAGAUGCUGCACAGACCCAACCCCUUUGAGGAGACACCUGAGCUGAAAGAGAGGGAGUACACCUGGGCUGACCUGCCUCCUCUCCCAGCCCGCUCGCUCUACUCCCAGGGCCUGCAGCAGCUUGCCAGUCUACUGCUCACCGUCAACCCCUCCGAGAGGAUCCAAAUGGCAGAGGCCAGGGCCUGCCUGCAGUGUCUCCUCUGGGGGCCCCGGGAGGACCUUUUCCAGGCGCUCAGCUGCACCAGUGGCCCCAUUCCAGGGGCCAUCACCAGCCAGCGUGAGACCACCCUCCAGAAUUGGUUGGACUUGAAAAGGACACUGAUGAUGAUCAAGUUUGCGGAGCGCUCGCUGGACACGGGCUGCGGCGUGAGCCUGGAGGAUUGGCUGUGCUGCCAGUACUUGGCCUUCGCAACCACAGACACUCUCAGCCGUGUGGUCCGCAUCCUCCAGCAGCAGAACCCCCGGACCCAGCACACAGCCCAGUCUCAGAAUCUUGCUCAAUCCCAAAAUGUAUUUAAGUCCCUGCACCUUUCUCAGUCCCAGCAGCAUAUUACCCAUACCGAACACAUAACCCACUCCCAGCCCCUCUGAGCUCCAUUGCUUGCUAGCUACUCACCACUCACUCUUUAGCCCUGUGUCCCUAUACUCACUGAUAAGCUUUGUUUCCUUUCACGUCUCUCUCCUAUCCCUUGAACAACGCAGCCGAACCAUGUGUGAAAAAUCUCUGAUAAAAACUGUCAUCAGCCUUAUUGUGGAAUUUGAAGUUGUGCACACUCAUUCUGUUCAUUUUACGGUGUCUUUUGCCGGAAGAGAGUGUAGGCGUGGGAGGUAAUCAUAUGAAACCUGUUUUUAAAUGUAUGCUGAUCAAUUUAAGUGAGGGGGGAUGUAUGUGAAAACUGGCAAAUAGGCAAAAGUCUUUAAAUUGUCGAUAACUUACAUUUAGAAGUACUGAAACAACUGGUUGCAUAAACCCUGAAAUAAGAGAUGAUUGUCUCAAUUCAUUCGAGUUGCAACAGCAAAAGGUUAUCUCUACAGUCUCUGAAAAUAAAGUUUCCUCAGACUUGAGUUUCCCUUCAUCAUCCAAUAAAUGCUUAUUCAGUUCAAAGGUCUCGCAACCUUUUGGCUACUGGACAGUUGCUUGAACAGUUUGGCUAUCUGUCGUCCUGUUCCCUUCGCCAUGGUUUGUUGUUCAGUUUACAUAAUGAGACGAUGAGACAUUGGGAAAGAGACUGCAUAUAGGUCUAGUAAUCACAUAGCCCAGCGUAUCUCUACCAGCUAGAGUUGUUUAGCAUCUCUCUUGUUGUUUGUGUGUUUCAAUAGCCACUAUACUGUUCUGGCACAGAGAGGCAAUUCUGAGGGAUUUAUCCUUGUCUGUUACCUUGAUCUAGCAGUUUUAAUAAUGCAGUUUAGUUUAGCUUUGAAUUCAUUCUCUAAAAAUGUCAGCUGGUGGUCUGUGGUCCUGCUUGCCCCAAAUGCUACAGCUCAUUUAGCUCGGUCCCAGUCUGAAAGUCUCUAAUGCAACACCAAAAACAAAGGACCGACUCCUUCUCAUCAUAUUACACUUGGGGGGAGAGAGAUGGAGGGAAGAGGGGAGCACCAAGGACCAUUGAUCAAAAUCAAUUAUAACAAAUAUCCUCAGUUCCCCUAGAGGGACAGACAAUCCAAAUUGACUAUCAAAAUCUCCACUCCUAUAGAGUAAAUCAUCCCAAUAUAUUUUGCAAACAACUUCAAUACAUUUAAUUCCUUAUUCUAAGAUAAUUGGAAUUAGCUAUGUCCAUUACCACAAGCAUUAUGCAAUGUAAAAAGAACCAAAGAUCUGCCAUGCUAUCUCUAUUUUGACACACCUGAGGUUAUUGCAAGACAACUGCUUUUUACACGUUGAUAUGACAGAGGCAUUCGUUUCAGCUCGUCAAAGUGAAUGCACUGUUACAUGGUCAUUUUGAAGUGUCCUUACCACUGCUUAAACACGCAAGUUUGUGGGUUUUACUCUGUAUUGGAACAAUCGAUGCGGGCUGCCAUGUUGCUUUGUAGUAGUUUAGUCAGUUGUAGUAUUGUAUCCAAAAGCACUCCAGAUGCAAGAUUGUUUGGUCGGAAUAACAUUCUAGGUAGUCUGUUGUUUUAGCUGUGUGUUUUCGUGGACAAAUACUAUUUUAGCUUUGGAUAUGUGCAAUUAAUGUAAAAUGUUAUUAUUACCUAUGAAAAUCACAGUAUUUAAAGUGUAUGCAGCCCCAUGUUUAUCACAGUAUGCAACUUGUCAGUUCUUCUCUCAUCCAUAAUUUUUUUAAUAUUGGCACAUAAAUGAUGAUGACUUCUAGUAGAAGAUGCAGGGUUUUUUCUGGAAUCAAAUUUUAGAACUUGUACUCAGCUUGGAAAAGAUUAUUGCUGCACAUAGGCUGUAGGUGGAAUUUUGUUUCAGGAACUCUGCUUGGGGAUUUAUUUGUUUUUAGUCCUUUUUUAUUAGAUGCAAAUAUAUUUCCUUUUUAAAGUUUCUGGCCUGGGUGAUAUGAGCAACAGUUGCACAUGCAAUAUAGCUUCCAAAUAGAUAAUGGAAAUGGAGAAGCGGAGUGGAGAACCGGUUGUAAUUAAACUCAGUUCGAAUGUAGCCAGGUUAUGCUGCUCAAUGUUGUGUAAUUGGGUUUCAACCAACCCUCUUAAAAGAAAAACUCUUUGGUCAGCAGCUGCAUAUGGAAUGUAGUAGUCUGCCUGGAUUCCAUUGACUCUUCAGACUUAUUUCAUCCAGUAAAUUGUCAGCCACUCAGCCACAAUCUUGGCUUGUUAUUGCUGUUCAACCACUACACAUGACCAAAGCCCCUGAUCAAUAGAGAACAAGCACUGCCUUAAACCCUGGUCUUAGCACAUUUAAACUAACCACAACGAUGAACCACUGAGAUUCAUUUGCACAUAGUCCCAUCUUUUUCAUGGGCCUUCCAUGGAAACUAAUCACAACCAGGGCACAUAGGUACAUAUCCAUCCCUCUGACUCAAGUCAGCAUUGUGGCUAGCGAAGCACAAGCUUAAGAUCCAAUAUAGUCAAACUAAUGAACUUUGGCUUUAAUGGCCUGUGUCUGUUUGCCUGGGAUCGAUGCCACGAAAACACGUGCCUAACGUUGGCUUCACUGCUAUAAAUGGGCUAGCCAGAGAACAGCGCGCUUAUAUGUUUGCGUGUGCUAUUGUGGUUGAACAAAAUGAGACAAUCCACAUUCUUUGGUAGACAGUGUGGAGUCUCUAGUAGUACUAGUUAGAUGCAGCAGAUUGUUAAAGUAAGGUAUAAUUUAAUGUCAAAUUAUGCAUUGGUUACCUUGACACCUUGACACGCUUAAUCAGUAGUGUGUACUCUACCCUAAAGAAACAUUCUGGGAUUUUUGCCCACUGGUUUUGAAAGUGGUGAUGUUGAUCAAAAGUGGGUCCCUGAAAAUGGUGUACUAUGUUGUGUAUGUGUGCCUGUCAUCAAAACCACUCACUUUCAAACUUCGAAUUUCAUGGCUAUCUUGGGUAUGAUAGGGAUUCUACUUAUACAUUAUGUACAUAUAAACAACAUGUCCAGGCCAAAAUCUAAGAUUUCAAGUCCAAGAAAUCUAUCUUGGGGGGAGGGGAGAACAAACUGCGAUACAUACUACAAUGUAAACAUUUUCUACACACAGUAUACAACAGACAUUUUCAUUAAAGAGUUAACCGAUAUAUUAUUCUGAAACAUUAUUUUUGAUAAUAGCGUUGGUUUUUUCUGUAUACAGCUGUUGGGUCAGCUCUACUCAUCUAGCAGCGUGCUGUGACAAAAAAGGUUAAAUUCUGUUUCUAUAUCCAAAUUAUUAACAUGACAUAGCAGCCAGACACUCACCAGCUAGGUCAGUGGGGGAGUGGGGGUGAAAUACUGGGAUUUACUGCGGGGGAAAGGAUCCUGUGUUUUACACAUAGGGUCAGACUGGAUGUCAUGAACAUUGAGACAGCCCUAUAGGUGACUCCAAGUCAAGGACACCCGGUCGCCAUAAUGGUUUAUGUACCAGGGAAUGCUUGUGGACUGCACUGGUGGCUGUCCUUGUUAUAGAGUGUGAACCUUUAUAUUAUCUAAUGUAAAUGUUAAUCCAAAUUUAUUUACAGAAUUUAUUGUGUGUUGUUAUUAGCCUGUCCAUGCAGAUGAGAUACCAUGCUUCUCUCAUUUGUUGUGGGAGAAAACUGGUGAAUUGGUUUGUCUGUUAAGAACAAUGUUAUUAUAAAACUAUAAUGUUCUCACCUUUGGGGGAAAGAGUGUUUGAAUACAAAUUAAUGUACAGUAUUUUUCCCAUCUUGUAAAUGAUAGAGAAGCCACUUUAACAGCCAGUAGGGAGACACCAUCAUAAUAAAAAAAAUGUUCACCAAUAGUAUUGCCAACAGUGAGUUUUGUAGUUGUUUGUCAUUGCAUUGUUAUCGCCACUGAACAUAAAAAUUAAGCUCUCUUGGCUUUCUAUAUGUGUGUAUAUCUCUUGGCCUAUUGCCAUUUUAUUGUUGAUCAAGUUAACCGAAAGUAACACAAUAAUAAAUAUGUUUUUAUAUA